AUGGUAAAUAGUGCAUACAAUUAUGCCAGUAGAUUAAAGAAAAAUAAUAAUAAAGGGCCACUUGGCUUAGAUGAAUUAUUUGACACAAACAAGCAAGUAGUUAAGAAAGUUAAUCUUCUCUAUGAGUAUCUCUCCAAAUCUAACAAUACAAUCGUGCACACCGGUGCUGGAGUUUCCACCGGUUCCGGAAUACCGGAUUUUCGCGGUCCAACGGGUAUUUGGACUGUAAUGAACAAUACAAGUAGUAAUAACGAUAACAUCAAGACCAAAGAAUAUAAAGACAAACAAGAUGAAUCCUAUGGCCCACUAACAAAGUCUAAGAGAAGGAGGAAGUUAACUGAUUCAGCAUGUAUUCCAUCAAUGAAUAACUCGUCACCGGGGUUAGUUAACCCAUCUGACAUGACUGAAAAUGAGUCAAGUUCAUGCGAUCCAGACUAUUUAAAGAAUGAAGAAACUGAAUUAAACCCUGUAAAAGAUGAGGAAACUGAAUUAAACCCUGUAAAAGACGAGGAAACUGAAUUAAACCCUGUAAAAGAUGAGGAAACUGAAUUAAACCCUGUAAAAGAUGAGGAAACUAGUGUAAAACAGGAGGAGAACGAUUAUGUAUAUUAUGGUAAUAACAAGAGGAAGAUAGUGGAGUUUAUAUUAGCGUUACCUUCGGAAGCACACUUGUCCUUACUGGAAUUAUUACGGAGGAAGAAAAUAAAAUAUAUAAUAACGCAAAAUGUCGAUGGUCUGCACGCAGCCUCAGGGAUACCUUUUGACAAAUUAUCGGAACUACACGGAAACGUAUUUGUGCAACGGUGUCUUUUCUGUCAUAAACGAUACCAAAGAAACUAUGUCUCACCCACCAUUUCAUUCAAACCAACCGGUGAUCUUUGCGGUUUAUGUACGUUUCCGCCGUUGAAUGUUUUGACUGAUGUGGUUCUUGAUUGGUUUGACUGUUACGAGACCUACUACGAGGAGAUAUCGAAGUUGAAAUCAGAAGCGUCUGACUUACACCUGGUAAUGGGCUCAAGUUUACACAUUGAGCCUGCAUGCCAUUAUGCCUCAAAUGACUAUUAUAGAAAAUAUGACUCUCCGCUGAUAAUAAUCAACUACCAAAACACUAAACUUGACCCUGAAUGCGACCUCGUCAUCCACGAAGAUAUUAAUAAAAUCUGUACCAAUCUCCUCAAGAAGUUUAAUCUUAAGAUACCAACAUUCUUCAAGAAAUCGCACCUCUUCAUCCUCAAGUACAACCAUGACCUGUCAAACUUAACGUCAAAAACAAUCGACCAGAACAUUAGACUAGUAAUCAUACUGAAAUCUUCAUGUAUCAAAUGCAUUGAAAUGCUUAGUGAUGGGCCAGAAUCAAGACCCAAAUGCAGUAUUUACGCCAUCAACAAAUUGCAGGGGAUUUACAAAAUCACAAUCACAGAAACCAUAAGGCUCAAAUUAACACUCUUCUACGACACAGAGUUGUAUUUUGAGAUACCAUAUGAAAGAAUAGUGUUGUUUAAGGGUGAGGUUUGGGAACUUGAUAUUUGUGCAACGAAUGGAAGAAGACUGGUUAAAUCAUCCAAGACUUUCUAUAACCCAGAUUACUCCUACGAACAGUCGAAUGACCCUUGCGGUGACUCAGAAAAAGUAGAACACAAGGAAAAGAGUAGUUUUAUUGGAAACGGAGUGAAUCUGAUAAAUAUAGAAAAAAUGGUAGUGUACUUUAACUCAAAUCUGUACCAAGAAGACCAACAGCCUUUCAGACUAGUUGGGUACCUGGAUUUAAUAAGCAAAUAUAACAAUUUCGUUGAAGUUAAACUCAACCAGUCCCUUACCGUUUUAUCGUACCUUUGGUAUCAUAAAUUCAUCCAGCAUCAUCUGUAUCUUCUACACCCAAAUGACCAAAAGAGUGAAAAUUAUUCAAAUGAAAAGCACAAAUCAGCCUAUGAAACUAGGAAAAAUAUUUAUACUACGUGUAAAAAGGAUGAAACUUUCUCAACUAGUGUUACAAUUAAUAUUAAUACGAAUGUGAAUGCUUUUGUUGAUGAGGAAAGUAAAGAUUUACGUUUAAAAUUUGAAGAUUCAACUCUAGACUCAGGUGCAAACGUUCUGGAUAGUGGCAAAAAUUACAGUUUCGCUGACGGGGUGGAGUAUGAUGAAAAAACUGGGGAUGAUUUUGAAACCUCAGACUCCUCAGAAUCAGCGUUUGAGGCAUAUAACCCAAAUUCGCACAAUUCAUUUAAUGCCCAGGAAUACAAUAAGCUGGCAGUUGUUUUGGAAAACUACUAUGACAGUUACCUGGUUAACACGAAUACAGUUAAUGAGGCUGGAAAUUCAACAGACAACAGGAAGAUAAACAUGUGGGAUGAAAUAUUUAACAGUAGUAAAUUCAACAAAAUAUUGCUAAACAAGUGCUUGAACCUAAAGUGGAUCAAUAUGGUAAAUAACAAGAUACUGAUGAACAAGAGGGUUGGCAUCCACGACUUCAUGUUAUCCCUAAAAGCCUCACUGCCUCUUAAACUGUUUGUGGCUGAUAAUUAUCAGCUAGGACACCUUUUAAAUGAGAUCCCAGCUCAUUUGCAGCAGAACAACUACAAUUAUAAGUUGUUCAAAUUUAAUACUUUGCAUGAAUUUUAUACAAAUUCAGCUCAUUGCUGUGUGAAUAACGCCUCAAAUUUGGAUGACGACGAUGUGCAGCAGAUGAAGCGGAUUAACAUUUUCGAGCUUUUGGUCUUUAACACUAUUAAUUACAUCGUAAAAUUAAACACCCAUGACAGCUUUUACUACGCCAAUAGUCACAUUGAUGAGGACAAGAUUGAGAAUUACGUGAUUAUUAAAUUAUUUCAUCAGUUUCUACCCCUCUGGAUCAUUAAAUACCUCUCGGAUUUCUUUGAAUGUCGUUGACAAUUUAUACACAGUAUUUUGUAUUAAUAUACUUAAGACUUA